AUGGAGACCAGAACUCGAAAAAAGCGCCAAAUCGCUGCAAAUUCCAAUCGCUGGGAAAACAACACAGUGUUCUAUUAUUUUGAUGGAAGCAUAACCUCUCGAAAUCAAGCCUAUAUCAGAAAAGUGCUAAAAUAUCUAAGUGCUCGUACAUGUAUUGAUUUUGUGGAGAAUCCUACAGCAAAAAAUCGUGUAAUGGUUUUCGAUGGAGCCGGUUGCUAUUCUUCUGUUGGAAUGGAUGGAGGUGUUCAAGCGUUAUCACUAACUGACGACUGUAUGGUAGUAGGCACUGUGGCGCAUGAAUUCAUGCAUGCUCUCGGUGCGUUGCACAUGCACAUGCGAGACGACAGAGACAAGUACGUCAAAAUCAACUUGGGAUCAGUGCCGGUGAGGUUAUCUAGCCAGCUAUUACUCCUUAUCCGCCGGACUUUCAGUUACAGCUGCGGAACUGCUUACCUUCGACACAAUAGGGACCCUGCAAGGUUGAUGUACAAUUGCUUUUUGAAGAAAAAGGUUUCCAGGAGAAAAAACGAGAGAACUUCGUCAAAGCGCUAUGCGUUUUCUAUCAAACAAAUGAUCACACCUUACGAAUACGGCAGCGAUAUGCAAUAUGCAAGUGAUGCGUUCGCCGACCACGGCAAUUCGAUAAUACCUCUUAAUCCAAAGUAUCUCCGUACACUCGGGUCGCAGACUAUUUCGUUCUACGACAUCAGGAUGAUCAACUGGCAUUAUAAAUGCAAUGGAAGGUUUUGUUCGCCCGAGCGCGCAAAGAGAAGAAUGUGCCGUUUUCCAGUCGUAUCACUUUCGAAUGUUUCAGCUCCUUGUGCUGGUAUUGGAGCAAACUGCACGAAUGGGGGAGCCCCAAACCCAAGGAAUUGCUCUGUAUGCAUUUGCCCCUUUGGCUAUGAUUCUCCAACAAUACCUCACGAAACGCUCAAUCGCCGUCUCCAUUCAACUAAAGAAGUAGUUGAAAAGUUAACCACUGGAGAAUUUCAGCGCGCAGGAUGCGGUCGCACACUAGCAGCGACCAGGAACUGGAAGUCGAGAACAGUUACUCUUGGUGAUGCCAGAACAAUGGUCAUCCGUGACAUUUACACCAUGUGCAACGACUGGAUUACGGUAACAUUUCAGCUUCAGACUUUGGUUUCAAUUGAGAUUGCUCAGUUGGUAGCACCAGCAGGUAAAAAAAUCCAAGUUCAAGUCACGGCUCUGCGAAAUGUUGACUGUGAGAACGGCUGCUGGAGGAGUUCAAUUGAGCCAAAGGUCAUCGCUGAUAAAGCCAUGACAAGCCCAAGGAUCUGUUGCCCUGGACAACUGUACCAAGUGCUGACGAGCCAUGUUAAUCCAACACCUGUUGUUACCUACAGUAUUCAACAUGCGUCCACGUUCAUUUACCAGUACAGAUAUAUUUGA